GAAAGUUAUGUUGUGAUAAAGCAAAGACCGUAAACAAUGUACAGAUCUUUGAUAAAAGUUAAACUAAUUUUUUACCAAUGGAGUCGGUAAAGUGGCUGUAACGUGGACAGAAUGGGGCAGUUGGCGAAGAUCCUUUGUGUUUUCGUAGUCAUGGGGUUUGUGUGGAUGUCGUACUAUUUAUUGCCAAUGUUGUUGGGGAACAUACCAUUACCAAAUAGAACUGCUGCUGUCUUUGUAAAAGGACAAGGGAAAAGUCUCAAACGUUUACCUGCAUUGAACCAAGUUAAUAAUGUGACUAGACUACAUCAAGUUAUUCCUGUGGCUGCAUUAAACCAGAGCAUUCGACUACAGAUUGAUAUAAAGUUACAGGUUACACAUACUUCAGAAUCGAGGAAAAUACAUGAAACUCCGCCUAUAGGUGGCAGCACCAACAUAGAAGAUGAACAGAAACGAAGAAAGGCAAGAAUUAAUCAGGUCUGCAGGAAGUACAACAUGACAGGGAGGGCACUCUCACCACUCAACCACCUCAUCGUUGACGACCCUCACCACCUCCUCUACUGCUACGUGCCGAAGGUCGCAUGCACUAACUGGAAGCGGGUCAUGCUGCAGCUCGCGGGCGACCGCGACGCGAGCCUCCGCCCCGCGGCGUGGGUGCACGCCAGGGGGCGCCUCCCGACGCUCGCUCGCUACGCCGCGCGCGCGAGGGGCACUCGUGCUGCCACCUACACCAGCUUCCUGUUCGCGCGGCAUCCGUUCGAGCGUCUUCUGUCGGCGUUCCGCAACAAGUUUGAGUCGGCGCACGACGAUUACUUCCGCGAGCGAUACGGUCGCGAGAUCGUGCGGCGCUACCGCGAGAACGCGACACGAGAGGCGCUGCGCAGAGGUCACGACGUGACCUUCGCCGAGUUUGCUCGCUUCGUCGGUGAUCCGCGGACGCGCGCGCGGGGCCUCAACGAGCACUGGGCGUCCAUGUUCUCGCUCUGCCGGCCGUGUGAGCUGCACUACAGUGUCGUCGGAAAGUACGAGACGCUCGCAGCCGACGCGAGGUUUGUCCUCCAGCGAGCGCAUGUCGCCGACGCCGUCCGCUUCCCGCUCGUCAACGCGUCGUCGUCGUCGUCGUCGUUGAGGAAGACUAGCACGCGGGAUCUGCUGGGGGGCUACAUGGUGGGAUUGUCGGACGUCGACGUGGCACGGCUGAGGGGCGUGUAUGCCUUCGAUUUCGAAAUGUUCGGCUACGAAUGGCCGAUAAAGUGAAGGGAAUCUCUUUUGCACGGAAAUGUCAAGCGCAUUAUCGUAAUAAUCCAUUUCAUGAGAGAGUGGUUAAACUUAUGAUAUAUGUGUGUGUGUGAUCUAGAGCAGAUGAUGCCAAAUAUGGUGCCUAGAUGAUUCUGUUUUCUUCUUGAGCCCUGCUACUGCGACAGAUUUUUUCAGCUAGCAGACAAAGAUUUAAAUCUUGAGUAAUCAUCUUGAAGCUUUUGCUUCCAAAUUACAUGUUCUGUCAACAGGUGUCUCUGUAUCUCUCUCGGUUUUCUACGUCAAACUUGCAGUUGUCCGUUAACAGAUCCGAGGCAUGAGAGAAGGAGGGGAGGAGGUGAUAGAGAAACAUUAGCAGCCUUAAAAUGGUGGGGAAGUUGGAGGGUUAGGGAGAUGCUCAGCUAUUGUAGCUAUGGUCAGGCUGAAACACCCGCUUGCUAUCCUCUUGGCCUCUGGCUGCCUUCCUCUCCCGUAUUCUACUCU